UUUAACAGAAAAAAAUCACGAAGGUCGGUUCUACAAGAUGGCGACCGCCUUAAUGGCGUUACCCUCCAUCACUCCAAAGCCUGAGAAGGAAGAGAGCAAGACGACUGUUCAAAAACUGGUCGAAAGUCCAGAUUCAUACAUCAAGCACCCUUUACAGAACAGGUGGGCUCUUUGGUUUUUCAAGAAUGAUAAGAGCAAAACUUGGCAAGCCAACCUUCGGCUCAUCUCCAAAUUUGACACAGUGGAGGACUUCUGGGCGUUGUAUAACCACAUUCAGCUGUCCAGUAACUUGAUGUCCGGCUGUGACUAUUCACUCUUUAAGGAUGGUAUUGAACCGAUGUGGGAGGAUGAACGGAACCGGCGAGGUGGUCGCUGGCUCAUCACGCUGUCCAAGCAGCAGCGCAAGGCUGACCUGGAUCGGUUCUGGUUGGAGACGCUCUUGUGUCUGGUGGGCGAAGCGUUCGACGACCACAGCGAUGACGUGUGUGGCGCAGUCAUCAACGUAAGAUCCAAAGGGGACAAGAUUGCUAUCUGGACUACGGACAAAUUGUCCUUCGGUGUGAUUCUGACUUGA